AUGUCGCUGAAGCGACUCGUCGAUGUUGGAACUGUGGCCCAAUUGCUCAAAAAGAAUAUUAUCAAUAAGGAAGGCGUCCGAAUCCUAGACUGCGCUUACGAUUCAAGUCAAAUCAAAAAGAAGCCUGACUGGAAGCACUAUAAAAAGGAGUUGUAUGGCGAUUUCAAGAGGAUUCUUGCGAGACCAUGUCCUUCGAAGGAAAUGUAUCUUUCCGGACAUAUCCCGUUAGCACCUCAUUUCUGUAUAGAUGCAGCGUUCUAUCCGUCCGAGCAUGUGCGAUAUGAUUUAUAUCCACCUGAAAUAUUUCAGAACUAUAUGCAGUUAUUAGGCAUCAACCCCGAUGAACACUUGAUUUUGUACUCCCACUCAAGGUUUGGUGCAAUGAUCUAUGCGAUGAAAGUCGCCUGGCUUCUUAAGAGUUAUGGGCACGAUAAGGUGUCGGUAAUCGAUGGCGGAUUGCAAGAGUGGAAGAAGAAAGGAUACGAGAUUAGCAAGGAGGAUGUGAAGUUGGAGCUCAAUCUUUUGGAUUCACGAGUGCGCGGGCAAUACGAAGGAACAGCCUCAGGCGACUUUCCACCAAAUGUGAUUGGAACAUUUAUUCCUGGCUUCAAAAAUUUGCCUGCUGCUGAGUUGGUGGACGGUGACCAUCUGAGGAAUCCCGAUAAUCUCAAAGAUUGUAAGUGCAAUGGAACAUAUAUCAUUUGCAUCUUAUUUCAAACGCUUUGAUA